UCGAAUCGAGAAACGGUGCAGUAGGUGUUUGGCUGCUUUCAAUAAGCACCCCAAGCAGCGCUCAUACCUUCCGUGAGAGCCAGCACAUUACUCUUCAGCUGCUCGUCCUCUGUUCCCGUUGGUCCCGUCUCAUGUCCUGGCCAGUGAGAGAAAUACACUACUGAAUAAGCAAAGCAUCUCGGCUUUCGACAACCUGGAGGUGGGCACAAUAUCGACGUCACGGUUUCCCUGUCGCGCGCCCUGCCGAGCGUGUCAGCUUGGCCGCCUUAAAGGACCUGCGGACACAAAAAACCGCGAACCAAAAGCAAAGAAAAAAAAAAAAAAACCACAUUUGUUGCGAGCAUCAAGUCAAAUCUCAUCGGUUACCUAACUUGCCUCAAAACUGGUCCAAAUAAAAGCACCAAGGCAGCAAGACAGCAAUAUCAACCAACAAAUACCCAGUAUUUCUACGUCAUUCGUACGUUGAGGAAUUGCUGACGCGUCGCCAGUGCUCCUACUAAGUACUGGCCCAUCACUCAUCACCAAUGUCAAGUCCCGUUCCACCAAACAUGAACAAGCUGCCCAUCGCGGCCCUCGACGCCAAGACUCGCGAGCUCAAGCAGCGACUCCAAGCUAUCAUGCAAGAACGCUCUUCUUUGCCGCCCGCCACCAGCGAGCAUCUUGCGGCUGCUAGCAGACCCCUUAGCACUACUACGGUCGCGUCAACACCAAGGCCCCCGCAAGUUGAGGUACCGAAACCUCGCUUUGUUCCUCAUACUGUACCCCAGGUUCCUACCGAGACGUCCAUCUCGGCCGAUGAGAGUGAUAUUGCUGCUCUGAUUCGCUCCUUUUCCGAUCACGUGGAUCCCACAGCAGAUAUUAUCCCUAGACCGGCUUCCUCGACCGCACAGCAGAAUCAAAGCUCUGUCGAGGCCCAGCCGGUCCAGGCCACUCCUGCACCCGUGUCGAAUCCCUCCUCUGUGCCGCCUCCUAAAUCCGCAGAGGCUGUAAUCACAGCGAUCCCCACUUCGGACGAGGAGGGUGAGAUUCCGAGCGACACUGAAGAGCCAGUUAAAGCAGGAAUGGCUCACGAACGAUCUCAGGGGCAACCGAAGCACCAAGUCGCUCAAGAACCUGACAAGGCCCCCCGAUCCGGACCUAAUAGUACCUUUAACAAGAAACAACUCCCUCAUAAAGGCCCUGGUAAGCCCCAGACGGGCACCGGGAAGGCCCUACGUACAAAUAACAGGCCCGAAUCUCAGAAUGCUCAAACCAAGAAUCAACCUACCGCCACCUUAUUGACUCCCGAAAAGGCCCUGGAGCGAGCCUUGGAGCUCAACCCGGACCUGCGGGAAUGGCUGGCGCUAACUAAUUACCAUGACGCCGAAACACGUACCAAAAAGAUUGAACGAUAUCGUAAGCUGAAAGCUCUGGCGGCCGAGAAAGAACGAAUUGAGGCUGAGCAUGCUGCUCAGAGGGCCAGGCUAGAGGCCGAGCAGCGCAAGCUACUGGAAGAAGAGGGGCUGGACUUUGGUCUCAUUGCUACGCCGGUAGUCGAGACUGCCCCGGCAAUCAUUAACAAGGUAUCCGAGGUUCCCGAGGUUGUAGCGCCCAAAAGGGAACGCGAGCCGUCCGUGGACAUGACCGAUGCUCCUCCGGAGAAGAAGCAUCGGCCGGAGGAGAACGGACCCCGGCCGAUGGACAUUGACAACCAGUAUGAUGACCGUCACCGUGAACGUGGUCGGCCCGAGUAUCCUAUCAAGCGUGCCCCCUCAUGGUCUCCGCGUCGUUAUCGCGCACCGUCACCUCGUCGCGACCACCGCCCAAGCCGUCCCACCUCGCGUGACCGCGAAUAUCAACACUCUCGGUUUUCUCCUCGGCCUCGGUCCCGCGACCGUUCCGAAUACAACAACAAGUACGACGGACGCCUUCUUCAUAAACAUGACGACCGGACCUAUCGUGAUGAUGUCAACGGCUUCUUUGACGAACACGGUGGAGAUAAAGCGCCUCGCGCCCAGUCGCCCCGGCGACCUAGGGAUUUGGAGCAUGUUGAGCACUUUGAUACGGGCAAAAAGGGCGAUACCCGAUUUUUCGUUUUAAAGUCGUUUAACAAUGAGAAUUUGGACAAGGCCAUGGACGACGUAAGUUUUGCGACCCCUCUGUCUUCAAUCUCGCAUUAGUGUUUCCGUGGUUUACGCAUUCCUGCAGGCAAUCUGGGUCACCCAAACGUCCAAUGAAGAAAAGUUCACCAAGGCCUACGAGACGUGCAAAAAUGUCAUCUUCUUCUUUUCUGUGAACAAGAGCAAGGCUUUUCAGGGUUAUGCACUGAUGACCAGUUUACCUUCGGCCGACAUCAACAAAGCAUCUUGGAUGAAGAAUAUCCACUGGCCGACUUCCCCUCCCUUCCGUCUCAGAUGGCUUAGCAAAGUUGCCGUUCCCUUCUCUCGCAUUGGAUACCUCAAAAACCCGCUCAAUGAGAAUCUCUCGGUCCUGAUUGCCAAAGAUGGUCAGGAAGUCGAGGAGGAUUGCGGUCGCGCAUUGCUGAGAGAGAUGGAAUCCUAUGCCGAGUGGGAAUCAAACAAAACAGCAUUUCCCUCGGGAGGUCGUCAACAGCCAGAACACGCACGCCGGGAAAGCGAUUCAGCGUCGGGCUUUAACCCCGCCUCGUGGUGGAAAAACAAAAAGAAGCCGCACAACAACAACAACAACAGUAACUGGACCAACCAGCGCACCAACAAGCGUGGAGAGGAAUACCACGAUAGGUUUCCGGCGCGUUAGCUUCCUCCAGUUUUAAUGACCGUUCAAGCAAAAGGUACGAAGCGGUCUGAUUACAGUCAUCGAUCGAGCCUCAAACAAUGGAGACCUAAAUAACUAAAAUUUAUCAAAUUCAAACUUGUCUGGAAAACAAGAAGAAGAGCGCCUGUGGCGGCGGGGCGUGGCAGAGGAAGAGGCGGUUUGGUGAGUAGUGAUCAUCGCAAUAGUAAGAGUGAUGGUGAUUUACGGGUAUUGAAGGAUUCAAGAGGGUUACCAACAAGAAUCUGAUUUGGUAUCAAGGGCGUGAUCGCGAAGGGGAAGUAGCAGUGUACAAUCUAUGUAUGUACCAUGUACAUUAAGAGAGUAGUUCGAUUAUAAAAGGUGAAGUGAGAA